AUGCCGCCGUUCAAGACGGCAAGCUUUAAGAAGUAUUUGGAGUGCCUCGACUACUUCUGGCGUCACGCGAACUUCCUACGAGAAUUCUGUGCUGAACACCCGUUUCUUAAGCGGAAAUGUGUCAGGAAGCGAAUGGCUCGUGUUGCGGUGGAUGCACUAGCCAAGCACAUCGUCCCAGUGUCCGGUGAAAGGGUUGAAGCAGGCGCUUCAGAAGCGCACGAUGGCGGUCUCCAUGGACGAGUUCAAGACGAGCAAGCUCUGCUCGCAUUGCCACCAGACGCUUUCGUCUGUUCAAUAUCUCGUCGACACCAAGCUCGUGAAGCGAAAGAAGCGUAA